AUGACCGAACGCCUCCCAAUCCAAACCCAACACUGCCGCUUCUGCAACCACCUCCUCCUAGCAACGACGCGCAAAAUCGACACCCUUCCCCGGCGCACUGGCGAAGGCAAAGACAAAGCCCUGAUCCUGCCAUUGGAGCGCAACCACUCAGCAGACACAGACGCAGACCCAGAUACGGAUACACCAGAAGCCUCUCUAGAGAAAGAAGCCGGCAAUGGCAGGAAAUCACGAGCCUCGUCGCACACGACACUAUUACUAGCAACCACGGUCCCGGACCGACGGGCGACGGUAAUCCGGCGCGAAGACGGGAUUGAGAAGAGGCUUCUACUACGGUGUGGGCGGUGCAGGGUUGUGAUCGGGUAUUAUUUGGAUCGGGUGCAUUGGGGGUCUGUUGGGAAUGAGAAUGAACAGGAGGGAGAGGAGGAACGGCCGCCGGCUGUUUAUCUUCUUCCUGGGGCUGUUGUUGGGACGGAGAAGAUGGGGGGUGAGGGGGUUGGGGAAGGGGAGUGGAGGGAGUGGGUUGUUUAG